UAAUUACUAUGUGCCACACCCCCUCAAGAAUGCUGUUUAUUAAGCUGCUUAUCUCACUUUACAACAUUUUUCUUCAAUAAUUCAUCAAUCUAAAGCUAUGCAAAACACAAAGGGCGCUAAUGGUAUAGCCUGGGAGAGCUCAUUUAUGGUUAAACAGGAAUUUAGUGAUGAAAUCAUUACAUUUAUGGACAUGAAAUCAGAUGAAAUAUCAGCUAUUUCAAGUUCAGGAGGAGUAAAAACCAAAUACAUCAACACUCUUUUCAAAUUCUGAAGAUAUAAAGCAAAAUGUAUCAACACAAAUUUCAACUGUUAAAGACAAAUACUUGAAGGAAACAAGGCCAUUUUUAGCUGUAGAAAAUAAAAAUCUUGAUAAAACAAAGCCUUUUUUUAAUUUAGAAGAGAUGAAACAAGAUAACCUAACAACAUUUUCAUCUUCUGAAGACAUGAAACCUUAUAUAUCAACAGCAUUUUCAAUUUUCGAAGAUAUAAAACCUGAGAUAUUAACAAUUUCAUCUUUGGAGAGUGAAAAACAAAAUGGUUUCAAAGCACAGCAACAACUUUUCCCCCCACCGGAUUCAACUGAUUUUAAAGAAAAUUUAGCAGUUUUAAAAUCAGAUCUUCAAAAUGAAUUAAAAGAACUGAAGUUAUUGCAUACAAAAUUAAUUGAUAAUCUCCCAACAGAAUAUCCAAUCAAUGAUAAGGGACUGAAGACAUACAAGUGUGAUAUGUGUUGUCAAAGAUUUUUCCAUUUUGAUCAUGUUAAACAACACAUAAACAUUCACACAAGGGUGAAUCCAUAUGGUCAUGAUUUUCAUCAGCAAGAAGUUAUGAUCAGUCAGGGUGAACAGAUUAACAAAAUAAACCUAGAACAGGUAUACAAUAAGUCUAGUUUGCCUAAAAAGUUCACUACAAAGUCUAGUUCAUCCACACACACAAAUAUUCAUUCUGGAAUUAAUAAUCCAUAUGAAUGCUAUGUAUGUCAUAAAAAAUAUCCUAUUAAAAAGUAUUUAGCAAACCAUAUAAAGAUACAUUUAGGCGAAAGACCGUAUGAAUGUGGUGUGUGUCAUAAAAAGUUUACUAAGAAGGGUAAUUUAUCUAGACAUAAAAUAACUAUUCAUUCUAGUCUCAAGCCACAUAAAUGUGAUGUUUGUCAUAAAAGUUUUGCUCUAAAAUCUACAUUAUCUAUACAUAAAAAUAUUCAUUUACCAGAGAGACCAUAUGAAUGUGAUGUUUGCCAUAAACAAUUUAGGCAUAAACAUAAUUUAUCAGAACAUAAAAAUAUUCAUUUACCAGAGAGACCAUAUGAAUGUGACAUGUGUCUUAAAAAAUUUAGUACUACAGGUAAUUUUUCAAAACAUAAAAAGAUUCAUUCUAAAAAGAUUCAUUCUAGUCUCAAGCUAUAUGAAUGCAAUGUUUGUCACAAAAGUUUUGCUCUAAAAUAUACAUUAUCUAUACAUAAAAAUAUUCAUUUACCAGAGAGACCAUAUGAAUGUGAUGUAUGCCAUAAAAAAUAUAGGAAUAAAAGUGAUUUAUCAAAACAUAAAAAUAUUCAUUUACCAGAUAGACCAUAUGAAUGUGAUGUGUGUCUUAAAAAAUUUAAUCAUAAAGGUAAUUUUUCAAAUCAUAAAAAGAUUCAUUCAGGAGAAAAACCAUUUGAAUGUGAUGUGUGUAAAAAAAAAUUUAUUCAGAAAGGUCAUUUAUCUACACACAAAAAAAUUCAUUUACCAGAGAGACCAUAUGGAUGUGAUGUGUGUCACAAAAUAUUUAAGAAUAAGGGGGAUUUAUCAAAACAUAAAAAUAUUCAUUUACCAGAGAGACCAUAUGAAUGUGAUGUGUGACAUAAAAAAUAUAAUUGUAAAUAUCAUCUAUCUAGACAUAAUAAUAUUCAUUUAACACUAACAGAGAGACCAUUUGAAUGUGAUGUGUGUCACAAAAGAUUUAAUCAUACAAGUAAUUUAUUACAACAUAAAAUGAUUCAUUCAGGAGAAAAACCAUAUGAAUGUGAUGUGUGUCACAAAAAAAUUAAUCAUAAAGUUCAUUUAUCUAGACAUAAAAAUAUUCAUUUACCAGAGAGAUCAUACGAAUGUGAUGUGUGUUACAAAAAAUUUAAUCAUAAAAGUGACUUAUCAAAACAUAAAAAGAUUCAUUCAGGAGAAAGACCUUAUUAAUGUGAUGUGUGUCACCAAAAUAGGUAAUCAUAAAGGUAAUUUAUCUACACAUAAAAAUAUACAUUUACCAGAGAGACUAUAUGAAUGUGAUGUGUGUCAUAAAAAAUUUAAUUCUAAAGGUUAUUUAUCUACACAUAAAAAUAUUCAUUUACCAGAGAGACCAUAUGAAUGUUAUGUGUGUCACAAAAAUUUUAAUUAUAAAUGUAGCUUAUCUAAACAUAAAA